AUGGUAGCAGAGGGUUCAAGUGUCCCUGCCUCCCGAGUGCAGGUGUCCCUGCCUCCCGAGUUCACCUUCUUUUCAUCCCGAGGCUUUAUCAAUCACAGUCCCUCCAACUCUGCAGUCAUAGGGCCCGAGAACGCUCCUGCAAACGUUCCUAAGACCCGCCGGACAUUCUGCAAGAAAUGUGGGAAGCACCAACCCCACAAGGUGACGCAGUACAAGAAGGGCAAGGAUUCUUUGUAUGCCCAGGGAAAGCGGCGUUGUGACAGGAAACAGAAUGGCUACGGCGGGCAGACUAAGCCCAUUUUCUGCAAAAAGGCUAAAACUACAAAGAAGGUUGUGCUGAGACUGGAGUGCGUUGAGCCCAACUGCAGAUCUAAGAGGAUGCUGGCUAUUAAGAGAUGCAAACAUUUUGAACUAGGAGGUGACAAGAAGAGAAAGGGCCAAGUGAUCCAGUUCUAAGCUGAUUUUGUUAUGAAGACAAUACAAUCUAAGCUGAUUUUGUUAUGAA